AUGGCGGUUUUGCUGUCAACAGCCUCUCUAUCAUCAACGACUGUUGAACUGAAAAUCAAUUUUUCUUUGAACAGCAAUAUUGAAGCAAACUGUUUAUCAAGAUUUCAGCUUGGUACCGGGCUGAAUGUAGGAAAGAAGAAGGACGGGUAUAACAAGAAAGGUUUGUGCAUUGCUUUAAGUGUAAAAGGUAGUGAAGCAACUGUUCAGAAAGCUGAGAAAAAGAAUGGAAACGUUUCAAGAAAAACUGUUAAAAGUUUGAUUUUGAGUGAAGGAAGAGAUGAGGAUGAGAAUUAUGGACCUAUAUGCCCUGGUUGUGGAGUGUUCAUGCAAGAUAAAGACCAGAAUCUCCCUGGGUAUUACAAGAAGAAGAAAAUGGAAGUAACAAAUAUGGGGGAUGAUGGGGAAUAUGCGGAUGACUUUUUGAAUGAGGAAUUUAAUGAGUUUGAAGAAGAUGAUGAUGACUUUGAGGAUGACAUCGAGGGAAAAUUGGAAGAAAAUGAUAAGGAUGGGAUUAAUUGGGAUUCGGAAGAAUGGGAAUCUGAGUUGGAAGAUGAAGAUGAUGAUUUGUUGAAGGAGUUGGAUGGUUUUGCUCCGGCUGGAGUUGGGUUUGGUAACAUUACAGAGGAGACGCUAGAGAAGGCGAAAAAGAAGAGGGUGUCUAAGGCGGAGAGAAAAAGAAUGGCUAGGGAGGCUCGAAAAGAGAACGAAGAGGUGACAGUUUGUGCACGGUGUCAUUCUCUGAGAAAUUAUGGCCAGGUGAAAAACCAGGCUGCUGAAAAUUUGAUACCGGAUUUUGAUUUUGAUCGUUUGAUUAGUACGAGGUUGAUGAAGCCCACAGGGAAUGCAGAUGCUACAGUAGUAGUUAUGGUGGUUGAUUGUGUUGAUUUUGACGGUUCAUUUCCAAAACGUGCAGCCAAGUCCUUGUUCAAAGUGUUGGAAGGAAGGAAAGAUGGUUUAAAGCUUAGUAAAAAGUUGCCAAGGCUUGUGUUGGUGGCUACAAAGGUUGAUCUUCUUCCUUCUCAAAUUUCGCCCACAAGGUUAGAUAGAUGGGUUAGGCACCGUGCCAAGGCAAAUGGAGCACCUAAGCUAAGUGGGGUUUAUAUGGUUAGUGCUCGUAAGGAUUUGGGUGUAAAGAACUUGUUUGCAUUCAUCAAGGAUAUGGCUGGGCCUAGAGGAAAUGUUUGGGUUAUCGGGGCUCAAAAUGCAGGAAAGUCGACACUAAUCAAUGCAUUCGCCAAGAAAGAAGGAGUAAAGGUCACAAAACUCACAGAAGCCGCCAUUCCUGGAACAACACUCGGUAUCUUGAGAAUUGGAGGAAUAUUGUCUGCUAAGGCAAAAAUGUAUGACACUCCAGGCCUCCUACAUCCGUAUUUAAUGUCCAUGAGAUUGAACAGGGAGGAGCAGAAAAUGGUUGAGAUACGAAAAGAGCUACAACCUCGAUCUUUUAGGAUAAAGGUAGGUCAAGCUGUACAUGUUGGUGCCUUAGCCAGACUGGAUCUUAAUGAGGCUUCUGUGGAAACAAUAUAUGUCACGGUUUGGACGUCACCAAAUGUCUCACUUCAUCUAGGAAAGAUUGAAAAUGCUGAUGAGAUCAAGAGCAAGCAUGCUGGCAUUAGGUUGCAGCCUCCUGUUAGUGUAAGCCGAGUCUCUGAAUUGGGUACGUGGGAAAAGAGAGAAGUCAAAGCAUCUGGAACAAGCUGGGAUGUGAACAGUGUUGACGUUGCAGUGGCUGGCUUAGGUUGGUUCUCUUUGGGUUUAAAAGGUGAAGCAAACUUGACUCUUUGGACAUAUGAUGGUAUCCAGAUCACUUUGCGGGAGCCUUUGGUAAUUGAUCGGGCACGAAUUCUUGAGCGACCCGGAUUUUUGCUGCCAAAGGCUAUAUCUGAUGCAAUUGGGAACCAGACUAAACUCGAAGCUCAAUCCAAGAGAGAGUCUCAAGAAGAAAGCGAUGCUGUACUUUCAGAACUUCAGAUUCUUGAAGCUCAAGCAUCUGCAAGCACACCAUUACCUGUUUUGUCCCCUAGAAGACGAAACAUGUCGACUCUGCACUAUGGUUGGAUGUCAAAUUAA